AAACAUCAUAGAAAAACGUAAACAUGUAACACCGCGCCCAGACGUAAAAACAGCUGAUAAGAAAUAAUAAGGGGAAAAAAUAGGUAAACUUUGUACCUGUAGAUUGCAUCGCAAAGGAAAGCCACACUUCCAUGUAAUAUGUGGCUCAUCGUGAGGACAGCACUACGCUCUUCCGGCAUUUUCCGGGGAGUGCUUGGUCAGCGUCAUUGUUCGACAGUGGAAUCCGAUCAAGCAGAUGCCAAAGAGGAACCCCCCGUCCAGGUGGAAAAGAUUGCCAACAUCACAAUGAUAGGUUUGAAUCGGCCCCAGGUGCGCAAUGCAAUCGACUCCGAAACGGGCAAACAGUUGACUGCGGCAAUCGAAGAGUUCGAACAGGACACAACGGCUGACGUUGGGGUGCUGCACGGCAUUGGGGGAUCCUUCUGUGCUGGGUACGACCUGUCGGAGCUGGCCAAUCCGGAUGUGAAUCCACAGUCAAUUAUUUUACAGCGUAGCGGUGUAAUGGGUCCAACGAGGCGUAAUUUCACGAAACCCGUCAUUUGUGCCAUAUCGGGCUAUUGCGUUGCGGGAGGCAUGGAACUGGCGCUGAUGUGUGAUUUGCGAGUGAUGGAAGAUCAGGCCGUGCUGGGAUUCUAUAAUAGGCGAUUCGGCGUCCCCCUGGUCGAUGGCGGCACCGUAAGACUACCGGCGCUGAUAGGUAUAUCCAGAGCGAUGGAUCUCGUACUAACGGGAAGGGCAGUGCACGCGAAGGAGGCACUGCACAUCGGUCUCGUCAAUCGAGUGGUUGCCGUUGGCACAGGACUUGGCCAGGCGUACAAUCUAGCGAUGAGUAUUGCCAAGUUUCCCCAGGCCUGCUUGAGACAUGACCGCAAUUCGAUGUUUAAUUCGGCAUUCCAAGCGACCUCACUUAGGGAUGCGAUGGAAUUCGAAGUGCUAACGGCCGGCGAGGAUUUGCUGAAUGAGGCCGUUCAAGGAGCGAACAAGUUUAUGUCAGGGGUGGGGAAGCAUGGUAAAUUUACGAAUUUGAAGGAGAAAAUUAUUCCAGACUGGGAGAAGGAGGUGAUUGAGCAUGAGAUUAAGACAGGGAGAAAGUUAAAGGUAGAUGGUAAAGAAAAAUGAUCACUUUACUAUGUUUGGGAGUCUAUAUGUUAUGUGAAAUAUAUUUUAUAUACUCUUAUGUAUUGAUCAGUGCUGAAAAUAUUCACGUUCACGACAUUCAAAUUCAGCGAAUUGCUGCCUUCCUUGUAUUGAUAACCUACUGCUCAAGCGAGAUUCGAUAAAUAUGAAACAACACUGUCAAUGAACUCCAGUGGAAUGAACAUCAACAUCAGCUUGCCAUGAAGUUCAUUUUUCAUUUGCACCUUCCUUUUCGUCAUGGUAUUCGUAAGGUCGAAAAAGAAGAUCAUUGCGUGUUAGUGAAAAUCAAAGCAUAAAAUUCAACGUCACCAAUUGAGAGUAAAAUCGAUUAAUGGUAAAAGAUGGCAAUCCAUCACACAAAAUUCUUGUUUUUGGCGAGUUCGGCAAUAGCAUGUAUAGAAUAACUCUUGAUACGUUUUAUGAAUCUACUCACGAUUGCCCGGAAAUGACAUACACCACCAUUUAUAUGUGCAAUGGGUGACACGUUUUCAAUAAAAAUUCAUUGCAAGCGAUAAAAAUCAACUUAACGUUCGUGACAAUCACCUGAAAUUAUUGACAGUAAUGGAAGUGCCUGAAUGUCGGCUUUUCGAAAUUCGUUCAUGCUGUUUUCGAUCAAUAAACCAGACAAAGCA